AUGCUGACCAAGAAGUGUUUAAGUGUUUAUGAUAUAUAUGAAUUAUAUUCAUUACCACUCAAUAGCAGUAUAGAUAUCAACCUAUUUCAACAGUUAUCACUUCCUGUAUUAUAUUCUAUCAAAAGUCAGAAUUGUUUAUCUCCACCUAUACUUAUACCUCAUAUAGAAGAUCCUUCCAUUUCAGCAGUAUGGGGUUAUGGUAUUUUGUUUGUUUCUGUUAUCAAUCUAUGUUCGUUAGUGGGUAUCAUUGUUUUACCCUUUAUGAAGAUGGUGUUUUAUCGUUUAUUGUUAAUAUUUAUGGUGGCCUUAGCUGUCGGUACAUUGACUGGUAGUGGCCUGUUGUUUUUAAUCCCUGAGGCAUUUGGUCUAGACCAUGAUAAUGGUUAUAUAUUGACAGCAUCAACAGUUAUUGGUGGUAUAUAUCUCUUCUAUUUAACAGAAAGGAUAAUGAAAAUGCUAACAAUAUGGAGACAGACUAAAAAACAUGAAGGUAGAGAUAAAGAUAUUUAUUGUUCAAUACGCCAGCGAACACCGAAGAAAUCUGAAUCUGAAUUUAAAGAUCCGUCCACUAUUCCUCAAUCUUCCUCAUCCUGUACAACUGUUACCUUAUUGAAUGAUGAAAAUAGUGAUGCUAGUGUGGUCAAUGAGAGUUUACCUAAUGGACAACUUGAUACACCUGCCCCAAAGAUAGAAGUAAAUGGUAAAUCUGUCAAUGGUCACCAUCAUGGUGGUGAAGGUAAAGAGAUAGCUACAGUGGCCUGGAUGAUUAUAUUUGGUGAUGGUUUACAUAAUUUUAUAGAUGGGUUAUCUAUUGGUGCAGCGUUUACAAACAGUAUUUUAUCUGGAGUUAGUGUAUCUCUGGCUUGUAUUUGUGAAGAAUUACCUCAUGAAUUAGGUGAUUUUGCUAUUUUACUGAAUUCUGGUAUGAGUUUAAAGAAAGCAUUAAUGUAUAAUUUUUUGUCAGCAUGUAUGUGUUAUUUAGGAUUGAUAGUGGGUAUAUUACUAGGAGAAAGUACCUCAGCUCAUCAGUGGAUAUUUGCUAUCGCUGGUGGCAUGUUUUUAUAUAUAGCACUUGUAGAUAUGAUGCCUGAAAUGAAUGCAGCUGCAGAAUCAGAAGAAGCCAAAAAAUAUGGAAACAUUAAGAUAUUUUUAUUACAAAAUUGUGGUUUAUUCACUGGCUUUGCUAUCAUGUUAAUCAUGGCUUUAUAUGGAGGUGAUAUCUCAUUUGAAUAG